UGCGCAUGCGUCUCGAGACCUCUCUCCAUAGCCAUCGCGAUUUCAUUGUCUCAUGAAUAUUCACGACGACAGCAGGUUACGGUAAGUCAACUUUCAGCCUGUCUCUGGAAGGAUACUCUUGGUGAGCGGGAUUUCAAAUACGCCUCCGCCGAACAGCUGGCCCAUCUCAGCUCCGGGAUCCUGCCUCGUUGCAGCCUCGGUCUCGCAACGUGUGCAAUUUUACGACUGCACUGACACCUUUGUAAUGUCGACACAUUUACUGCUGCAGUAGCGUCAUUAUUUUUGACAAUUCUCAGGGCAACCGCAAACACCGUACCAUGGCUCAUCUGGAUCAGUGGCAUGAAGACCCAGAGCUAGCAAGCGAGGUCUAUGCAUCGCUGUGCCAUGAAGAGAGCCGCAUCCUUCCCUUCCAAGGGAAAUCCCCUCAGCUGAACCUUCGUCGGUUCCUGGUCGACUGGCUAGCCAUCGUGAGUGAGAACUUGGAUAUUGAGAGUCCAGCUCGUCAUCUAGCUGUUUAUCUCCUGGAUCGGACGAUGGAUAGGUUUACUGUCAGUGGAGAAGCUUAUCUACAGAGACUAGCUCUUGUCUGCCUUCUUAUAGCAACCAAGUUUGAAGAGAAGGAAAUCAAAGUGGUCAAACUGACCAAUCUUGCCAAUCAGAUCAACACCGAUGAAACGGCCAAGAAGGAAUUCUUUCAAAUGGAGCUUCUACUCCUCGAUUUCUUUGACUGGAAUAUUUCGGUGCCUACGUCACUUCAUUUUGUGGACUACUUCUUAAUGGAUGCUGUUGGUCCGCAUGAUUUGCAUGGAGGCAAACCUCUCACAAACUUUGAUGCACCCAUAUACCUGGAGAGAUAUGCACAGUAUUUCCUUGAGAUUAGUUUACAAGAUCACACCUUCUCUACAUUACAACCAUCGUUGAUAGCAGCCAUCUGUAUAGCAGCAUCACGUAUAUGUCUUCAGCUAUCACCCACAUGGACAAACCAACUCAAGAAGUUGACCAAGUACUCCUGGGGACAGAUCUCUCCUUUCAUUGAGACAAUGCUCAAGUAAGUAC